GAAAUUCUCAGAGGAAGGGGAAAUGGACAAAGUAACAGCGGCCAUGGUCCUGACCAGCCUUUCCACCAGUCCACUCGUCCGCAGUCCUCCCUCUACUGUCCGUGUUGCAGAUCAGAACGGUUCCUGGAAGGAGGGAGCGAACAUGUCAUCAAGCUACAGCAGCAGUGGCAACUGGAGCUGGGGUGCCCCGAGUGAUCAGUCAAAUCCAUCCACCCCAUCACCACCCUUAUUGGCCGACAGCUUCAAACCUUUCCGUGGAGCUGUCCAACCAGAUGACAGCAUUGAUGAGGCAGACUCCAGUAACCUGUUGUUUGAUGAGCCUAUACCAAGGAAACGAAAG